AUGGCGGGCGGCGCGGAGGAGGAGGGGAGACCGGGGCGGGAGGCCGGGGAGGAGGAGGAGGAAGACGACGACGAGCGGCCGCAGCUGAGCGCGGCGGCGGCGGGGGCGCUGCGGGAGUUCCUGGAGGAGCAGCGACGGCAGGAGCGGGACGAAGGGGAAAAGGGGGAAGGGGAAGGGGUGGAGCUGGUCGCGGAGGACUGGCGGCUGAGCCAGUUCUGGUACGACGAGGGCACCGCGCGGGGGCUGGCCGAGGAGGUCGCCCGCCUCGCCUCCGGCCUGCCUGCCGGCAGCGCCGGUGCCGCCGUGGCCUGCGUCGCCUGCCCCACGCUCUACGCCUACCUCCGGAAGAGCAGCCCGGAUGUGCCCGCGCGGCUGCUCGAGUACGACGAGCGGUUCGGGCAGUACGGCGACGACUUCGCCUUCUACGACUACAACCAGCCGGAGGCGCUGCCGCCCGCCAUGAAGCACGCCUUCAGCAUCGUCGUCGCUGACCCUCCUUACCUGAGUCAGGAGUGCUUGGAGAAGGUUGCCAAGACGGUCUCCUUCCUCGCGCAGCCUGAAGGCUCAUUCCUGCUGUUACUCACAGGCGAAGUUCAGAAGGACCACGCGCUGGAGCUCCUAAACGUGCGCCCCUGCGGUUUCAAGCCCCAGCACUCGAACAAACUGGGGAAUGUGUUCCGGCUGUUCACGAACUAUGACCCGGUGGACAGACUUGGUGGCUGGGAUCGGAGCGAUGGCGCCUCCAUUUAG